CCCGCCAGUCCGCCCGGCCCCGCCGGCUGCACACGGGGUCUGGGCGGCCGCACGGGCAGCUCUAAGUCCGGAGGAGUCGGGAGGCGGCAGCGCUGCCGCUGGCCGGCGACGGGUCGGGGGCCGAAGGCAGUGACACCAUGUUCUCCCUCAAGCCGCCCAGACCCACCUUCAGGUCCUACCUCCUGCCGCCGCUUCAGACUGACGAUAAGAUCAGUUCGGAACCGAAGAUCAAAAAACUGGAGCCAGUUCUUUUGCCAGGAGAAAUUGUCGUAAAUGAAGUCAGUUUUGUGAGAAAAUGCAUUGCAACAGACACAAGCCAGUAUGAUUUAUGGGGAAAGCUGAUAUGCAGUAACUUCAAAAUCUCCUUUAUUACAGAAGACCCAAUGCCAUUACAGAAAUUCCAUUACAGAAACCUUCUUCUUGGUGAGCACGAUGUCCCUUUAACGUGUAUUGAGCAAAUUGUCACAGUAAAUGACCACAAGAGGAAGCAGAAAGUCCUAGGUCCCAACCAGAAACUGAAGUUUAAUCCAACAGAGUUAAUUAUUUAUUGUAAAGAUUUUAGAAUUGUCAGAUUUCGCUUUGAUGAAUCAGGUCCUGAGAGUGCCAAAAAGGUAUGCCUUGCAAUAGCUCAUUAUUCCCAGCCAACAGACCUCCAGCUACUCUUUGCAUUUGAAUAUGUUGGGAAAAAAUACCACAAUUCAGCCAGCAAAAUAAACGGAAUCCCCUCAGGAGAUGGAGGAGGAGGCGGCAGUCCCAGAACUCCACUGUUUGAAACUUACUCGGAUUGGGACAGAGAAAUCAAGCGGACAGGUGCUUCCGGGUGGAGAGUUUGUUCUAUUAACGAGGGUUACAUGAUAUCCACAUGCCUUCCAGAGUACUUUGUAGUGCCCAGUUCUUUAGCAGACCAAGAUCUAAAGACCUUUUCCCAUUCAUUUGUUGGAAGAAGGAUGCCAUUCUGGUGCUGGAGCCACUCAAACGGCAGUGCUCUCGUGCGGAUGGUCCUCAUCAAAGACGUGCUGCAGCAGAGGAAGAUCGACCAGAGGAUUUGUAAUGCAAUUACUAAAAGUCAUCCACAGAGAAGUGAUGUUUACAAAUCAGAUUUGGAUAAGAACUUGCCUAAUAUUCAGGAAAUACAGGCAGCAUUUGUAAAACUGAAGCAACUAUGCGUUAAUGAGCCUUUUGAAGAAACUGAAGAGAAAUGGUUAUCUUCAUUGGAAAAUACUCGGUGGUUGGAAUAUGUAAGGGCAUUCCUCAGACAUUCAGCAGAACUUGUGUAUGUGCUAGAAAGCAAACAUCUCUCUGUAGUCCUGCAAGAAGAGGAGGGCAGAGACUUGAGCUGUUUUAUUGCUUCUCUUGUCCAAGUGAUGCUGGAUCCCUAUUUUAGGACAAUUACUGGAUUUCAAAGUCUGAUACAGAAGGAGUGGGUCAUGGCAGGCUAUCAGUUCCUAGACAGAUGCAACCAUUUAAAGAGAUCAGAGAAAGAGUCUCCCUUAUUUUUGCUAUUCUUGGAUGCCAUCUGGCAGCUGUUAGAACAGUAUCCAGCAGCUUUCGAGUUCUCAGAAACCUACUUAGCGGUCCUGUCUGACAGUACCCGGGUCUCACUGUUCGGCACCUUCCUGUUCAACUCUCCUCACCAGCGAGUGAAGCAAAGCACGGAAUUUGCUAUAAGCAAAAAUAUCCAAUUGGGUGAUGAGAAGGGCUUAAAAUUCCCCUCGGUUUGGGACUGGUCUCUACAAUUUACAGCAAAGGACCGUACCCUUUUCCAUAACCCCUUCUACAUUGGAAAGAGCUCACCUCGCACACAGAACGGCUCUGUGAAGUCUUUCAAACGGACAAAGAAAACCUACAGCUCUACACUGAGAGGAAUGCCUUCUUCCUUAAAGAAUGGAAUCAUCGGUGACCAAGAACUACUUCCUAGGAGAAAUUCACUAAUAUUAAAACUAAAGCCAGAGCCUCUGCAGCCACCCAACAGCCAGAACAGUGACCUGGAGCAGUAUGUCAGAGAGUGGUUCUCCAGACCAGCCGACCUGCAUGGGGUUAUUCUGCCCCGUCUCUCUGGAACACACAUCAAACUGUGGAAACUGUGCUACUUCCGCUGGGUUCCCGAGGCUCAGAUCAAUCUGGGUGGCUUCAUCACGGCCUUUCACAAGCUGUCCCUGCUGGCUGACGAGGUAGACAUGCUUAGCCAGGCGCUGCGGCAGCAGCGGAGCGGACCCCUGGAGGCCUGCUGUGCCGAACUGGGCCAGAGCAGGAUGUACUUCAGAGCCAGCGGCCCACACGACACAGCAGGGACACCGGACUUCCUCUCCUCCUCAUUUCCAUUUUCUCCUGUAGGGAAUCUAUGCAGACGAAGCAUUUUAGGAACCCCAUUAAGCAAAUUUUUAAGUGGGGCCAAAAUAUGGUUAUCUACUGAGACACUAGCAAAUGAAGACUAAAAUGUAGUAUUUUCUAAACAGGGAAACUAAAUUUUUUAUUCUGGAUGAAAAUGGUUAACCUAGUUUGAAGUUUGAAGCUCUAACUUUACAUGAAAGAGUUAAUAGUUGAAAUUUGCACUAAUAUUUAAAAAUUGGUUGAAUCAUGCUUCCUUCACACUUAUUAGAGAUGUAAAUUUUUUGUAUGUCCUCUAUCAUUCUAAAUCUGGAUCCUUUUAGGUGAUUUGCAGGCAUUCUUAAAACUGUGAUCAAACUAAUCAGGUUUUGUCUGCUACAUCUAUUUUGUCUGCAUCCAUUUUUCUGAAUACCUAGGAAAGGUUACUUGAUGCUUGGUCAAAUUAGAGCCCAAAGAAGCAGAUAACAUGAAAGUUAAGAAAUUGUUUUGUAUUUUUCUAGGAACAUCUGAUAAACCUUUAACAGGCAUUCUUAGUAGGUAUUAAUGUAUUUUUCUGGUCACCUUCUGUCAUCUCUAAUUGAAACUCUUCUGAUGAAAGAUUAGUGUUCUGAGGCCAGAAUUCACUGUCUUAGAUCACCUUGUUUGGGACCUUGGAUUACUGUGUUUUGAAAUCAGAAGUUUGCUUUUAACUUCAUAGGACUCACUUUUUUUUUCUUUUUUUUUUUGCAGUUUUUGGCUGGGGCCGGGUUUGAACCCACCACCUCCGGUAUAUGGGGCCAGCGCCCUACUCCUUUGAGCCACAGGCGCCGCCCCUCAUAGGACUCACUUUAAAUGAUACGCACUAUUAACUUUAAAGCAUUCACUAGAAGUGCCUUCCACAUUAAUGUUAAAGUGUGACUAUCGCAGAGGAAGAUAGAUUUUCACUUUUUAAAAUUAGGGUGUUAAAAUUCACUGCAUAUUGGAAAUACGUUUUGCAUACUAAGCUUAAUAGCCAGGAGUCCAGAAAGCCACAUUCCUGUUCCUCUGAAAGCCACUGAGGGCCUGGGCCUGGUGGGGAUGCUUCCCAGCCCACUUUGCAUGCAGUGGCAGCAACAGCCAGUGCUACAGCCAGGAGUGUUUUCUGCAGUGACAUCCAUCCUCGGAAACAGGGCUUGCCCGUCAGUAUUCCCGGUGUGAUAAGUUGUUAGCAGUUCCCCAUUGGAGAAACUAAAGAGGUCACAAGUCGGGCACCUGUGCACAAAUCCAUCAAAGCUCUUAAUGCUUAGGAAUGGAGAAUAGGAGAAAUAAAAACAGACUUCUCUCAAAAUACUGCCAUUUUAAGAAAUAGUGACAAACACUCCUUCCACCCCUGGCUGUUGACAACAAUGUUGAAACUAAGAAGCAGACAAAAGUUUUUCUUGAUCUAAAACGCCCUCAUUUCCAAGCCUACCCAAGCUGAAGUUCUCUUCCCCCCACCCCUUCCCUGUUUAAAACACAGAUAUUUUCAAAUUUGACUGUUAAGAGUUUCUUAAACUACAAUCUUAAGGUUUUGAAAUUUUUUAUAGUAAAAUGUCGUUAGCUUUUUUCUUUUUCUAAAACAAGUUUUUUCAAAUUUUUUAUCUUUGUAUGUACUGAAUAACUUUCUAUUUGAAUUAUUUGCCUCUUAAAAAUUACGUUUCUGAAAUUCAUCUUGUGAACAGACCCAAUGUUUUUGCCAACUUCUUGCAUAGAAAAUAAGGGCUAUUUUCACUUUGAUAAACAUUUUCUAGUCUUUGAAUGGGAACUAGCCCUAAAACACCACAGCAUAUCCUGCCGUUGAAAGUGUAAUAAUUCUCCCUUUUUCAUUAACCAGCUUUUUAUCACAAAUCUAAAUUUUUUGGAUUGAGCAUUUUCUCUAUAUGAUUUUCUUGCCUCAAAUACGUAUUUCAGCUCCUUUAGUAAUUUCUUUUGUUAAUUUACAAGUUUAAAAACGAUUAGGUACUAUUAAUACUAUUUUAAAAUAGAAAAAUGUGUAUUUUUGUAUGAUCAAAUGUAGGAAAAUCUUUCUGGACAGUUGUGAUAUGAUUAUUGUGCUACAGGUACCACGCAUAAUAUGAAAAACAACUUUAACAGCCUUUUAAGUUAGGUCAUUGCUAAGCUGCUUGGCACCUCUGCUACCAAAGGGACCCUGGAGGCAGCAUCGGGGAGGUUGUAUAGGUGCACCACACAGAGCUCGGCAUGCACUGCGGCACAGCCCUGCCCUGCCGGGACCUGCGCCGACAGGAAGCCGUGAAGAUGCCAGGGGCGCAGACCUGCUGGUCCUGAAAGUAAACGUGUAGGGUCUUACUAUUUUAUGAUGGAAGCCUAGUGUAAAACCAGAAUGUCUAACUUUAUUUAAGGAAAAGAUACUAAUUUUUACUAACAGGGUAAAAACUAUUGACAUCCUUCAACAAAAUCUGCUUGUUGUAGCAGUAACCUCAAGUAGUUGAAACUUGAUUUUGAGAGAAAACUAAAACCUUUAUGCCUAAAACUAAUGACUUGGGUUCAGGUGGUAUGAACAGGAAGAUGUGAGAUCUUGUUCAACAGUGAUGAAUGUGAAGGAAAUUUUGACUGCUAAAUAAAAUUUUCACAGCAGUUGUUGCAGUGAUCAAUGUGAAGUCACCUAUGGGAACACAGUGACGUGGACAAAAUGGCAUCUUCUCCCAGCCAUACCUCUGUGUCAUCCCUGCCACUUCCCUCCUUGCCUAACACCAGGUAGUGACCCGUCACUUUGUUAACAUCUAUUCCAAACUGGCUAUAUUUAAGGCCAUGUGAGUAAUGGGUCAUACCCUAACUGGUCUGUCCUUCCACUCAGUCAAUAGAAAAACUAGGGAGUAACAUUUUUUUUACCCCCUGCCGUUUUUGGCUAGGGCUGGGUUUGAACCCACCACCUCCAGCAUAUGGGGCCAGCGCCCUACUCCUUUGAGCCACAGGCGCAGCCCCUGGAAUAACGCUUUUCCAAGAAGGUCUUAGAACAAGUCAGUGGGAGACUGGGGUCCUGAUCCCUGACUCCUGGGCCUAGGUAUUUGGAUAAGUCACCUUCCUACCAUACUCUUUCCUCAGCCUGAGACC